AUGCAUGCGCGAUCGGAGGCCAAGAGGCACCGGUUGCCAACGACGGGACGCGAUAGUCGAAGUGUGGAUGGAACCGACUGGAUCGACAUGGUUCCGGGGGUCGGAAUGCAGGAGUCAGACGGGGAGAGAAAGGAUCUCGAAAUUAUGAAGGCGAGCUUAUCGAUCAGGCACGAGGCACGACCGUAUGCGGUCUUGAUGCAGCACUACGCUCUCCAUAUUGUGAAUUGA